CUUAGCUCUCAUCCGUCCUCCCUCUAAAUGGUAUCAGCCCAAAGCUCGGCAUGUAAACUGUUAGCACUCCAAAUCUUAUACAAAAACCAGCCAGCCAACCACCAUGUUCAUCCUGAAUCGAGCCACUCGCUGUAGCAUUUCGUGUCAAUAUUCAAACGCUGCCAUCAAUGUCAAGAAUGUAUGCAGUUGAAGGUGGUUUUCUCAGCUAACCCUUCGCACAAUAGUAAUGAAGCAUGUAACAGAUUUCUUCCAAACAUUAUAAACGUCCAAGGCAAGCCUUCUAGCAUAGCCCACCACUUGCACAACAGAUUGACUUUGUCCUUGAAAAAUUUCUAUGUUUCUUCCCUUCCAUAGUCCCCAUAAAAAAGAUCCCCCAAAGAAGCAGCAAACUUAUUAGCUGUUCAGACCUACUGUUGUUUUUUACCCAAUGCUUGAAAUCCAUAUUGAAGAAACUCGGUUCUUGUGAGAGAGCUUGAACCGCAUUCUAGACUUCUCUGGCAACUAAACAAUCUCUAAGAAUAUGAUCUAUAGAUUCGAUUGGAUCACCACACCAUUCUUUCUAUAUCUUACUUGAUUAGUAUCAACUUUGUUAAGGAUGAUAAGCUAUAUAAGGAACCUCACUCGUUCCGGACAUUUAAGCUUCCAAACCCACAUCAAAUUCUCUCUAGAAUCACCCUCCUCCUGUCUAUUACAUAGCACAUUAUAAGCAGAGGAGAUCGAGAAUUGACCAUCCUUUGCCAAACCCCAACAACAUUUAUCUCUUUCAGUUCUUAAAGAAAUAGGAUCCGCUUUUAUUUCCCCUUUUGAACCUCAUGGAGCCACCACGUCUUUGAAUUCGAUAAGUAAUGCCCAACCUUCCAAUCAGAAUCAAUAGUAGAUAAGGAGUGAAUUUAGCUUUUUCUCUCCAACCCACCAAUGAAGCCAUCACCAAUUCGCCAUUUAACCCCUUUUUUGAUGCAUUCUUGGGUAGUUAGUACGCACGUGCAGUCUCCGUACUGUCAAUAAACUGAGUAGAAUGCAGGUAUUUUUUUGUAGAACACUUCACACCAAAGUGCAUCGGCCUUUGUAUGCAAUUUCCAACCAUGGUUAGCAAGUAAAGCUGAAUUGUUCUCCCUAGAUUUCCUCAACCCUAGACCACAGAAACGUUUCGGUCAACAAAUUGUCUCCCAAUUUACCAAGUGAUUAUGCGACUACCUUGAAGAGCCACCCCAAAGAAAAUUUCUUUGAAUUCUAUCAAGAUGGUUACAGGUGGCCAUCGAUAAUAAGGCAGUUUGCAUAGUGUAUAAAGGUAUGGCACUAGUUGUCGACUGAAUCAGCGUACGUAGACCCGCAUAUGUAAGAACCUUCCCCUUUCAAUCAUCCAACUUUCUCAUUACUCUGUCUAUUAAGUGCAGCAUAAGUCUCGGAUGUUACUCGUUUGUGAAUUAUGGGAACCCCAAGAUGAUUACGUCGCAACAGAUCAUUGGUGUUGUGACCUAAAGUCUGUACCUUACCUGGUAAGAGGAUCAUCUUCCCUUUGGUUGGCAUCAUUGGCUGAAUACUGAUGUAGAACUAUUGAAGUAUAAAUACAUUACACUGACAUUUUUUCAAAAGAUUAACUAACAAAGAGAGAAGAACAAGAAGAAAAUCCAGUCCAACUUUCCCUCUAUUUCUUUUCUCUUCUCUCUUCCCAAACAGAAUCCCACUUUUUUUUUUUCUUUAUUGGGUAUUAAAAAUUCGGUUCCAUUUUCCUUCCUGUGAAAGCAAGAACCAGUUACUUUUCAAUUGUGAAAACAGAGUAAAAAACAGAGCAAACCCAGAAAAUCCAUUGAAUCACCUCGGUUUUCAAUCUCUUUUUUUUUUUCCCAUUUUCUUGCCCGGAAAUAACCCAGAAUAUAUUGUUCCUUGAAAUGGCUGAAAAAGAGGAGUCUUCAGCAGCAGGAGGAGGACGAGAGGAAGAGUUAAAGAAAGAACUGCAAAGCGUUGUAAAGAAAAUUGUUGAUGAAGAUAACUAUGGAACUGAGAUAACACUUAAAGCCAUAAGCAUCUUGUCUGAUUUGAGUGAUACAGUUUUGACUAAGAAAUUCAGGUGUCCUAUUUCGGGUGAAAUCAUGGGCGACCCUGUGGUCUUGAGUUCCGGCCUGACUUAUGAUAGGCCAUCAAUCCAGAAGUGGUUGAAUGAAGGAAACUUAACAUGUCCUCAGUCCAAGGAAGUGCUCUCCCACACUAUCCUCACCCCUAACUGCUUGGUUCGAAAAUUGAUUUCAAGCUGGUGCAAAGGACAUGGCGUUGCCGUACCGAGAUCCCAUCAGGAUACCAAUGGAGAAAUGAUUACUGAGUUCGACCGCCUGUACUUUAACUCUUUGGUCACCAAGAUGUUUUCUUCCCUUACUGAUCGCAAGGAAGCUGCAAAAGAGCUUCGGAGACUAACUACUGCCGCACCAUCAUAUAGGGCCGUCUUUUUCGAGUUUACUGAUCCCAUCUCUAGAUUGAUCGGUCCACUAUUGGAAGGCAGUGUAGAUUCGGAUCCCGAACUCCAGGAGGAUUUGAUCACAACAUUUAUGAACCUGUUGGUUGAUUGUGACAAUAUGAAGCUGGUGGCUGAUCAUCCUGAUGCCAUUCCUCUUCUUAUCAAAUCCGUGGAGUUUGGAACCAUUGAAACAAGAAAAAACGCUGCAGUUGCUCUCUCCAUGUUAUCGUCCAACAAUGAUAGGAGGCUAAUGAUCGGAAAUGCCGGGGCUCCCAUGCCGUUGCUCCAACUCCUACGGGAAGGGCAUCCCAUAGCAAUGAAGGAGGCAGCCUCAGCAAUAUUCAACCAAUGUGUGGAGUAUAGUAACAAAGAAAAAUUUAUUGAAUUAGGUGCAGUGAAGGUGUUACUAGAGAAGAUCAGGGAAGGCAAACUUGUGGAUGAGCUUAUCAACCUUGUAGCGCAACUAUCUACACAUCCCAAAGCGGUCAAUGAACUGAGUGAACUAGAUACAGUACACUGCUUGCUUGGGAUCAUAAGAGAGACUGAGUCGGAGCGUACUAAGGAGAACUGCGUGGCUAUCCUGUACAAUGUAUGCUUGAACGAUGUGGGUUUGUUGAAGGUGAUCUGGACGGAAGGAAUCGAACACCAGACUUUAGCUAAGCUUGUAGAUACAGGGACUGCAAGGGCUAAAAGGAAGGCAACUGCCCUCGCUACUAAGAUAGGUAAGCUUUUCCCAACUGUACUAUAAAGACUUGAGGAGGGAAAUCUUUCUUCUUUUUUUUUUUGACAUUUUUUACGCAACAAAUGGCAAGUUUUGGUCCAAAAUCAGGCUUUAUAGAUAAAAGGUAACAACAUUGAAAAUUUUAGCAUCAAUGGAAGUUGUACAUUUUAGGCAUUUUAUAAAUUCUUUUGAAUUCCGUCUAGUGUGUAUAUUUGAGAAAAAAAACAGAGUAUUUUCAA